UUUCACUCUAUAAAUCUAUAUUGGAAGCAAUUAGUGGACGGGGAGAAAGUCGCGGAAAAAGUCUAAUUACUGAUUAUACAGUAUUACGGAAAAUUUGGACCCACCCUAAAGUCUUGGAAGACGCAUGGAAAAAUGCAAAUAAGCAAAAAGGUAAAAAGGAUAAUAAGAAAAUAUCUUGUCCCAAUUCCGAUGAAGACCAGCCAGAUGAUAUUUAUGAUAGUCAAACAGGAGUUAUGUCUGUAACUAAUGACUGGUGGCGCAAAUAUCUCAUAAAGAAAGACUUGGAAACUAUCGUCCCUAGUAAUAAAUUGCGAGUGAUGUUCUCAAUUCUUCAAAUGUGUGAAGAAAAAGGAGAAAAGUGUUUAAUAUUCUCAGCGUUUGUAGCUGUGCUUAAUGUUGUUGAAUACUUCUUCAAAAAAGUUUCGGAGUCUAAUGCUGAAAUGGUCUACCUUGCCCAUACAUCAGCAAAUCAAAAGACCUCAAGUAAAUGGAUUAGUGGGCAAGAUUACUACAGAUUAGAUGGAAAAACCCCAAAAAAUAUUCGACAUGAAAUGAUACAACGGUUUAACAGUGAAAACAACAGACGAGCUCGUGUCUUUUUAAUAUCGUCCAGGGCUGGAGGUCAAGGCAUUAAUUUAAUUGGUGCAAACAGAGUUAUCAUUUUAGAUACUUCUUGGAACCCUUCGAAUGACCAACAAAACAUUUUUCGAAUAUUUCGGUUGGGUCAAAAAAAAAAUUGUUAUGUAUAUCGCUUAAUCGCAAUGGGCACAAUGGAAGAAAAGGUUUAUUCCCGAUCAGUUACUAAGCAAGCAAUGAGUUUCAGAGUUGUCGAUGAGCAGCAAAUUGACAGACAUUAUAAUAUGGCUGAGUUAGCUGAACUUUACACAUUAACAACUCCUCAAAGGAAUGAAAGAACAAUGCCAGUGCUUCCAAAGGAUACCAUACUAGCUGAUUUGUUACGGCAAUCAGACCUUGUUUACAAGUACCAUGAGCAUGACAGUCUGUUAGAAAAUAAAAUAGAGCAAGAGUUGAGUGAACAAGAAAAAUCGGAUGCAUGGGACACAUAUGAAAAGGAAUUCACGUUUGGGUUUUAUGGCACUGAUGAUAAAUUUCAGCAGGUGACUGUUAGCGGUGUCUUUUUAGUGGAGAACAUAAAGGAAACAUGGAAACUGACAAGUUGCAAAAUAAUAUUUCUGUUCCCGGAUUAUCGUCAUACUUGACAAAUUAUUCUGAUUUCAAUAUGCAAACUCUGUUAAACUAUAGCCUGAGACCUCCAUUCAACUACACCUUUAAUC